AUGGGUGUGGUCUCUACGAGUGCCAUGCUCUCACAGGUGCUUUUUCAUUUGCACUUUGUUACUCUGACCCUUGGCCAGUAUGAUAUAUGCAAGUCGCUGUUUAGUACGGACGAUGGACCAACAUGGGAGUUUUAUGCUUGUCAGCCAAAACCAAUGGCUAUGAAGGAGUUCGUGCAAAUUAGGGUGGAUCCUCCUGGCAUCACUUGCGGCAACCCCCCGGAGAGGUUCUGUACCCUGGAGAACCCCUACCUGUGUAGUGACGAGUGUGACGCCUCCAACCCGGACCUGGCUCACCCUCCCCAGCUGAUGCAGGAUCGUGAGCGCAGCGGCCUCAUCACCUAUUGGCAGACGGUGACAUGGAGCCGCUACCCGGAGCCCCUGCUGGCCAACAUCUCCCUGGCCUGGAACAAGAGCCUGGAGUUGACCGACGACAUUCAGGUCACCUUCGAGUAUGGCCGCCCCACCAUGAUGGUGCUGGACAAGUCCCUAGACAAAGGGCGCACCUGGCAGCCCUACCAGUUCUACGCCGACGACUGCAUGGAAGCCUUCGGCAUGCCCGCUAAGCGGGUGCAGGACCUGUCGGCUACCAAUGUGACGCGGGUCAUCUGCACAGAGCAGUACUCUCGCUGGGUGGGCUCCAAGAACGAGAAGGUGCUGCGCUUCGAGGUGAUGGCACGCUUCACUAUCUUCACGGGGCCCAAGCUGCUCAACAUGGACAGUCUGUACACACGCAUGGAGAGUAUGAAGGGCCUGAGGGACUUCUUCACUUUCACCAACCUGAGACUGAGGCUGCUGAGGCCGGCCCUGGGGGGAACCUACGUCCAGAAAGACAACCUCCUCAAAUACUUCUACGCCAUCUCCAACAUAGAGGUACCAGCCAGGUGUAAGUGUAACCUCCAUGCUGGCCAGUGCACCUUUCGGGAGGGAAGCCUGCAGUGUGACUGUGAACACAAUACGACGGGCCAAGACUGCACUCGCUGUGAGAGGGGCUUCAAAGCCAAGUCAUGGAAACCUGGAUCGUACCUACCCACCCCCAACGGAUCCCCCAAUACCUGUGAUGCUGCUGGGACUCUUGGCACACCCACAACAGUCCAGACUCCGCCAACAACCACACCUGCGUUGGCGACUACCACCAAGCCACCCACAGACCAACUGCCCACAAUUACCACUAUUAUGGCAGACAUCACCACCUUCACUGACAUAGUGACAGCUGUGGUGGGUCCCACAUCCAGCACAAAGCUCAGUGACUCCCUAACUGACACACCAGUGCUGCUUCUGGCAACAGAUCAAACGUCUGUGCCAGCGACGAUACCAGCCACUCUUCCAGCCAGUAUGUCAGACACUGUGCCAGUCUCUGCCAGUCCCGACCAGACAGACAGUCCAUCCUUAACCACAGUGAACUUUCCCCCAAUGGAGGUAAAUCCCCCCACAACCACAGUGAGAGCGCAGCCGAAAGUUACUGAAUCAUCUGAUGCAGCUGAUGCCACAUCUGACUCAGUCACACCAUCAUCUGAUGCAACCACUCCAACAUCAGUUGGAUAUACUCUCACACCUGACAGCACAACGACAACUUCUUACACAGUGACUUCUGACACCAGUACCACAGCAUCUGACACAAGUACUACUACAUCUGACACAAGUACGGCUACAUCUGAAACAAGUACUACAACAUCUGAAACAAGUACUACUACAUCUGAAACAAGUACUACUACAUCUGACACAAGUACCACAGCAUCUGACACAAGUACCACAGGAUCUGACACCAGUACCACAGCAUCUGACACAAGUACCACAGCAUCUGACACAAGUACCACAGCAUCUGACACAAGUACCACAGCAUCUGAAACAAGUACUACAACAUAUGACACAAGUACCACAGCAACUGACACAAGUACCACAGCAACUGACACAAGUACCACAGCAUCUGACACAAGUACCACAGCAUCUGACACAAGUACCACAGCAUCUGACACAAGUACCACAGCAUCUGACACAAGUACCACAGCAUCUGACACAAGUACUCCAGCAUCUGACACAAGUACUACAUUUGACACAAGUUCAACAACAACUGAGAGAAGUACUACAAUAUUUGACACAAUUACGACACUAUUUGACAUUAGUAUUACACCUUCUGUCACUAGUACUAACACAGUUGACACAAGUACCACAACAUUUGACACAAGUACCACAACAUUUGACACAACCACCACAGUAUCAGACACAAGUAUCACAACAUUUUACACAAGUACUACAUUUCUAACAAGUACUAAAACAUCUUACACAAAUAUUUAUUUUGACACAAGUUCUACAACAACUGACACAAGUACUGUAUCUGACUCAAGUACUACAAUAUUUGACACAAUGACUUCAACAUCUGAUAUAUUUACCACAACUUAUGGCACAAUUACUUCAGCAUCUGAUGUAUUCACUUCAACAUCUGGUGUGCCCUUUCUGGCAUCGGACACAGUUACUCCAGCAUCUGAUGUAGUAACACCACCAACAGAUGGAUUUACCUCACCCCCUGAUGAUACAUUUAUUCCAGCAUCUGAGGGAGAUACAGCCGCCUCUGACGUGGCUACUUCAGUAUCUGAUGGACUGACCUCACAACCUGAUGACGCUCCUUCAACACCUCAAGCAGUUCCUCCAACUCCCGACACGGUUUCCUCAGCACCUGAUCCUCUAUCCCGUACACCGGGUAGAGACACCACCCAAGCUCCAGACAAAUCGACUCCAGCACCUGACACAGAUACCUCAACAUCUGAUCCUGCUACCCUGGCACCUGUUGUAGCUACUACAGUUCCAGACUCAUCUUCAGCAGCUCCUGAUCCUGCUACCCCAUCUCCUGAUGUAGGACCAGUUCCUGAUUCAGUUGAUCCAGCUCCUGAUGUAGGACCAGCUCUUGAUUCAGUUGAUUCAUUUCCUGAUUCAGUUGAUCCAGCUCCUGAUGCAGGACCAUCUCCUGAUUCAGUUGAUCCAGCUCCUGAUGUAGGACCAGCUCUUGAUUCAGUUGAUUCAUUUCCUGAUUCAGUUGAUCCAGCUCCUGAUGCAGGACCAUCUCCUGAUUCAGUUGAUCCAGCUCCUGAUGUAGGACCAGCUCUUGAUUCAGUUGAUUCAUUUCCUGAUUCAGUUGAUCCAGCUCCUGAUACAGUUGAUCCAGCUCCUGAUGAUGCUGUUGAUCCAGCCCCUGAUGCAGGACCAGCUCCUGAUUCAAUGUAUCCAGCUCUUGAUUCAGUUGAUUCAGCUCCUGAUUCAGGACCAGCUCCUGAUGCUGCCGCUCCAAUGCCUGAUGCUGGGGUCGGUGAGAAAGUGGAAAAUAAAGAAGAAAAUGUUAAAGAGGAAAAAGUUACCCCCAUAACUGAAGCCAAAGGGGAAAGCAAAGAGGAAGAGAAAGAGAAAAAAAAAUAUUUUCAAACGAAAGACAAUGAGAAAAAAGCGGUUGUAAAACUGUUGAUUCCUGGUGGGUCCAAAUACAGCGAGUCUAAGGUUGCAUACGUCCAGUUUCAAGACUGCGAGUGCUAUGGCCACUCGAACCGCUGCAGUUAUAUUGACUUUAUCAACAUCGUGACUUGCGUCAGCUGUAAACACAACACUAGGGGGCAGAACUGUCAGCACUGCCGACUGGGAUUCUUCCGGAAUGUCUCUGCCGAGCUGGACGAUGAGAACGUUUGUAUAGAGUGUAAUUGUAAUCAGCUGGGAUCCUUCCAUGCUCGCUGCAACGACACAGGGUUCUGCCAGUGUAGAGAUGGCUCCAUUGGGCCGAAGUGUGAGGACUGCCUCCCUGGAUACAGCUGGAGACAAGGUUGCUCCCCCAACGUCUGCGAUGAUGAGUUCCUGCUGUGCCAGAAUGGAGGCACCUGCUUCCAGAACCAGAAGUGUCUGUGUCUGCCAGAGUAUAAGGGGGUGCUGUGUGAGCAGCUGCUCUGCGAGGGAGAGAGGGGCUGCAGCGGUGCCUCUGCCUCCUACGUCAGCCUGGCCGCCAUGCUGAGCUGCCUUCUAGCCAACGCCCUGCUUAGAAUAGUCACUGCUUGCUGAGCCACAACCAGUACAGCUGGAGCACACCUGGCUGUAGUAUUGGGACCCUCCACCCGCCGCGCUAACCUCAGUCUCACGGUGCCGUUUGCAUUCUGAAACAUUGUUUGCGGGCACCAAGCCUCUCGUCGCCUCGCCACAAUGAAACAAAGAGAGAGUUCCUCUCUGGCUCUCAUUCUGAAAGCCAGUGCUGAAAGAAUGUAUACCAAAAAAAAAAAAAUCACUAUCUAAGAAAAGUUUAAAGAGCGAAGAGUAUUCUUUAUGAAACAGUUUUUUUUGUUCUUGUCGUACAUCUAAGUUUGUUCUCACUGAAAUACUGCACUUAGCCAACUUGUUUUCUGAACAGAGAUGGUUGUAAUCACUGCUGAGGCCUACUAAUGCCAAGUUUCUCUUACUCUCAAAUUCACGUUUCCUUACUUUGCUGCAUAGCCUGUUUGUUUCCUGACAACCAUCAUUGAACUGAAAAGAGCGGGGAAAUAUGAGUAAAACAUGUUUUAAUCAGAGUUGGUGUUUCAGUGGCUUGUGGUGGAGAAUCAAUUGUUGCAUGGAAAUCAUGAAGCAAAGAGAGGGAGUAUGACCUAUCCAAAUUGAACAAAUCUAUGUAUAUUUCAAAGGAAAUAUAUGACUAUUGUAUAUUAACAUUGUUUGAAUAUUUUUGGUAGAAAUUGUUAUUUUUGUUCUAAGUAAACGUUAUCAUUCUAAAGAAAAUGACCCAUGAUGAGCUUUUUACUACUGUAAACCUUUCUGAGAAUGUGACUGUUAGAAGAAUAGGAUGAUGUUCCUGAUUCCAUUGGAUAAAGACAGUUGAAGGAAUAAAGCGUGAAGGUUUGAAAGUUCAA